AAUGGUUUAAUAUAAUCCAGGAGAGAUCUAUUUUUUGGAUUUAAACUUACCUGUGAAUCUUAGAUAUUGUUAACUUUUUCCAAAGUAUGCUCCUUUGAUAAGAAAAUAUUGUUAACUAUGGAUAGAUACAAAUAAACCUUCUUAGGAACAUUUAAAUGAAUUAAAAGUAAUAAACUGAAAUGAUUACUAGAGACUAUUUGAAACUCAUCCAGAUAAGGAAAUGAUUGAAUUUGUGAAAUAUAUUGCUUAGGAAUGUAAAAUCGAUGAAAUGUAAUGAUAAAAUAUUAGUAAUUAAGCAUAAUAUUGUAUGUACAAUUUAUGUAUGAUUUUGGUUUUGAUGAUUCUUUAUCAAUGGGAUGCACUAGUAUAUUGAUAAAUUAAGAUAAUCCAUAUAUUGUUAGAAAUCUAGAUUGGGAUUUCAAUGAUGUUAUAAGGGCAUUAACAAUAAAUGCAAUUUAUAUUAAGGAUUAAAAUAUAGUAUCAAUUCAUUUAGGAAUUGUGCCUUAAUUAUUAACUCCUCACACUAUGUAUAAAUAUUAUUAAUUAUUUAGUAAGAAUCAAGAAUUUGCCAUAAGUUUAAAUUUCUUAUGGCCUCAAUAUAAAGUAGAAUAAUAAUGGUAGAGUAUUCUAUAAAAUGUUAACAUUCCUAGUAUUGGGAGGUUGAUAUAUAAAUUAUCUAUUUCAAAUUACAAAUACUAUGAUUUAAGAAGUGUAUUGAAAGAUAUUCUAGUAUAACAUCAUGGUUUAUUAAAUGUUGUUGGAAACUAAAAAAAUUAAUGUGCAAUAUUUUAUAUAAAUGAUUGGUCCAUCUCUAAAAAAUAUCAAUUCUGUUAAGAAAUAAAUCAGAAUUAAAAAUAUCUUCUUUCAACUAAUGGAGAUUAUUUUUAAUUUAGUAUUGAAAGAUAUCUUGCAGCUUAAUAAAAUUUACAAUAAAUAUAAGACUUUAGUGAUCCUAUCAAAAUUGUUAAGAAUGUUGCCUUCUAAUAUCCAAAUUAUAAUGAAACUACCAUUUUAACUACAACUUUAGAUUGUAAAUUAAGAUAACCUUUUGAUGUUUAUAUACAAUGA